AUGGGCAAAGAUGGCCCCAAUCCCACGAUCCGCAUCCUCAUGCUGGGCAAUGUCGGCGUGGGCAAAAACUGCCUUGAGUCGAGGUUCACGACCAUGACCUACCCACCGCCGUACAACCCGGCCCUGACCCUCAACAGCCGGCGGUACUUUACGCUGCCGCCCGUUCACGCCGUCGGCGACUGCGAGGCAGAGGACGUCAGAGAGCCAAGAAGUCCGCACUCCGACAAGAACAACAGAAGCAGGGAUGCCAAGAAGGUCGUUGUAGCCGCUGCCGAGCGUCCACGCACCACCUCGUCGACAGCCACAAUGUCGUCCAGCCCGGCCGCUGUCGAUCUCCCCGCCGUCGACCACCCCGACAAUGCUUCCUUCGACGACCGCACCCUCGUGGCGUCCUCGACCACGACCGCCUCCUCCCUCUGCAGCGCCUGCGCCCGCGAAAACAACACCUACCUCGUCGAAGUCAUCAACUACCCAGACCUGCAGUCGGCCGCCGUCCGCCGCCACGUCCACGCCCGCGCCGACUACGAUGCCGUCCUGCUGGUGUACGACGUCUGCGAUGCUGCCUCGUUUGACGCCAUCCCGACGCUGCACGGCGAGAUCCCCGUGUGCACGCGCACGAACCACCACCAGCACCACCGCCGGGCACUGCCGCAUGCGAGCGCCACGCGGAGCCGGACGAGCGGGUGGUUUGGAGGCGGCGGGAACGAGACGGGCACGACGGGGUCGGGCGAGAUUGUGGUCGGGCUGGUGGGGAACAAGAGCGACGUAGACGAUGUCGACGAGGACAGACGGGUGGUGGGUGACAACGUGCCAGGAGAUGUGACCAUGACGAGCGCGGUGCAGGACGGCGACCCGACCGAAGAAAGUCUGCUGCAUCCGCUCUACCGGGAGAGCAUACUGUACGAGGAGUUGACGGCACAACGAGAGCAGCGGGAACGACGACAGGCGGCUCGUGCCACGGCCGGAGCCGAAGCCAGGGCACGUACCGCCCAGACACCGACGACACCCUUUCCCACGGGAGAGAUGGACCGUGCUGAGCACAGCAACAAUACCAAAAGCAAGGCAGGGCUCGAGGCCGCCGCCAAGAGCAAAAACGACGACAUCCAGAAGUGGCUCGAGAUUAGCCGACCCGAGCCAUCUCUGCCGCUGUCGCCAUUGUCUCCAUCGCCCAGGCCACCCAGGUCGCCCAUGCAUGACGACGACGAAGAGGACGACGACUACGACUACUUUGGCCUGGCAGGCACCGUCGCCGACAUUAAGCCGAGAAAAUCGAAACCGACCAAGCCGUCCCGCGUCCGCCAAGUCCCCGCCGCCGACGGGACCAUGCUCGCCCAGGCCCUCCAGCUUUCUGUGCCCUUUCUCGAGACCAGCGCUCAGACCGGCCGCCACGUCGAGCAUGCUCUGGAGAAUCUCGUGCGCGCCGUUCUCCGCGAGAUGGGCCGCGACGCCAGCGGCACCAACAAGGCCGGAAAGACGUGCCGGCACAGAGAACGGCUGCCCAAAAAGGACAAGGACAAGCAGGAGGAGAGGCGGCCGAGCCGUACGUUUGUGUCCCUGGCCAGCCCGAUAAAGAGAUCCAUGCCAGCGACAACGCCUGUGUCUGUGCCUGUCUCCGCCCUGUCCGCCCCGCCCACGCCCAGCGAGCACGACAUUGCCGCCCAGCGGCCCGAGAGUGCAGCCAUGUUCCGGCAGCCAGAUGCAGACGUGGGGCCGCUUGCAGACGCGACGACACCACCGGCCGCCGUGGUCGACACAGGCCCGGCCAUUCCGCCGCCGCCAAUGCAGCGUCGCGCGAGCGUCAUGGGUCGUAUGCGCAAUGUCUUUUGGCACAAGUCGCAGCAGCCAGCCGAGCAGCCGCCCGGUGGAACGGGAUCGAUGCCGGCAAACAUGGCCGUAUAG